ACAAGAUCCUGAUCUAACUGCACACACCAGAAGGAAUAAUUAACCACCAGGGGGAUUUCAGCAGCAUUCAAAGACUGGAAAGUGUCAGAUAUCUAGACAGCCAAAGUCUGGACAAAAUAAACUUUCUACAAGGAGUUCAUGGAAAUCUGAAGACGUGAAGAAGCAGAUGUGAUUUUUGGAGGCUGAUGGGGUUGCCUUUACACUUCAAGGCAAAACAGAUCCAGUAGUAGAACAGCUGCAUCUGUUGAACUCUAAAUUCAUGAGCCAUGGCUGGGCCCCUUUCCUACUCGUUGCAGGCCACUGCGGUAAUUGCUGCGGUCAUCACUUUUCUCACCCUUUUCACCAUUUUUGGCAAUGUGUUGGUAAUUAUUGCAGUGCUCACCAGUCGUUCCUUAAAAGCACCUCAAAAUCUGUUCCUGGUGUCACUGGCUGCAGCUGACAUCUUGGUAGCAACUCUCAUAAUUCCUUUCUCAUUGGCCAAUGAACUGAUGGGCUACUGGUAUUUUGGCAAGGUCUGGUGUGAGAUGUACUUGGCACUAGAUGUUCUUUUCUGCACUUCCUCAAUAGUGCACUUAUGUGCCAUCAGCCUGGACAGGUACUGGUCAGUCAGUCAAGCUAUUGAGUAUAACUCAAAGAGAACACCUAAGAGGAUAAAGUGCAUUAUCCUGAUAGUGUGGACCCUAGCUGCCCUUAUUUCCCUGCCUCCUCUCUUUUACAAGGGUAAGAAAAAGGACCCAUCUAAUGAAAAACCCCAGUGCAUGCUGAACGAGGAUCCCUGGUAUAUUCUUUCUUCCAGCAUCUGUUCGUUCUUUGCACCAUGCCUUAUCAUGAUUCUUGUGUAUCUCAGAAUUUACCUUAUUGCCAAACAAAGAAGCAGGAAAAGCACAGACAGCAGCAAGCCCACAGUGAGGACCUCUAGGUUUUUCACUUACACCAUAGGACGCAGUGUAGAAAGUUCAAUAGCACAAGCCCAUACUUCUGGCGUCCCCAAAGCGGAGAAUGGCACCACAAAGGAGGACAUCCAGCAUGGUGUACCGGUGUCCUCUCCUACACAUGAAAAUCACAAAGACCAGCACCCAUGGCAACUCAAACCUGAGCAACCAAGUGCUCCAAAUCAAACCAAUGGUCAUGGCCCAACCAUGCUGGACACCUUGGCCACAGUAAAAGGUGUGGUGCUCUUGGCUAGCAAAAACAAAGAGUCUGUACAGGACUUGUCAAAGAAGAAAAUUCACAUUAAUAGAGAAAAACGAUUUACUUUUGUUCUUGCUGUUGUCAUUGGAGUUUUUGUACUCUGCUGGUUCCCUUUUUUUUUCACCUACAGUCUAAGAGCCAUCUGUCCUGAUCGGUGUUACAUUCCAGACAGCAUGUUCCAGUUUUUCUUCUGGAUAGGAUAUUGUAACAGUUCUCUCAACCCAGUUAUAUAUACAAUCUUCAACCAGGACUUCAGGAAGGCCUUUAGAAAAAUCCUGUGCAGCCACUGGAUACAAACAACUUGGUGACCAGCAAGAGAUGAGCCAUCAAAGAACUUCUUAUUUAUUUAGCCUGGACUUGCUCCAUUUUUGUGUGUGAGUGAGAAGAAACUUUAUAAAACUAUUAACUUGGUGAAAUCAUUGUCUGCUGCUUUGUCUAAUUUCUAAUGCUGCUGAAAAAUGUCUCGUACUCAAAUAUACUUUUUAACUCCUCAAUUCUCGGUGGAAUUUGGUUAACUCCAACUGUAUUAUUCCACUGAUUCUAUUUGUUUUUUUUAUUUAUUUUUUUGUUCUUUAAACUGUAUGUGACUUUUCUAAUUACAUGAUAUGUAAAUUUAUGAUCUGUCUGUUAUCGGUCUGCAAACUGUAGUUCAUUACAAAGGCAGAAAACACAUCUUUGAUCUUUCUCUAUUUAUUCUUUCCUGGAUGCAGAUGGACAUGAUUUGGUAAGGACUCUUACAUUUACUGUGUUAAUGCUGGACAUCCAAAGAAAUGACUUGCCGGCUUUAACUGGGUAAUUCCAUAUUAGGGACAAUUUAAACAAAUAGAAUAUUUAUGUAUUUUUGUUCUUUAUUGUAUUGAGAAUUAAUAAUAUAUCUCCAUGGUAGCGUCUAAAUGAUGUGAUUUUUUUUCUUUACAUCCUUUCCAAAUAUAGCACACACCAUUUACUAUCUGGUGAUAUGGAUGUAUUAUAUUACAUUGGUCACACAGUCA